UGGUUACAACUAGGUAUUGGUUCACUAAAAAGUCCGUAUUUCAUAAGAUUGUUAUUCAAAUGUGACAAUUUGCAUUACAUUGCAUUAAGAAAUGGUUAAUCUAUAAAUUUUGAUAUUUUGAGCUCAUAAGGUGCUAGGGAAAUAUUGAAAUUGUAAAAAAUGUGUGAAAUUACUACCCAAAAUGGCAGCUUUUGAUGUAACACGGAACACCAUGGUAUGAUUGAAUUAAUAUCGUACUAAAACCAAGGGGCAUAAAACUUCCAUCUUUGUUGGAAUAUGUUAACAAGAUCCUCAUAUUUCAAUGUCAUUAUUUAGUUUUUCUCAAGGUUAUUAAAAUAUUGAUUAAACACGGUCACAAAAAGGCGUUUGAGGCGCAUCGCGAUGUGUCCCACUUUAUACGGAAUUACAAUCCUCUAUGAAUUGUAAACAAGAAAUAAAUAAUAUGCUCAACAUUGCAUUUCUGUUACAACAAGCAUUAAAGAUUUCUUUUAAAGUAUUUUUUUUGUUAAAAGCUUUCUAAACAUGCAUAACGAGCUUAAAAUAGGUCGAGGUGUCCCAGAUGAAGCGCCUGUGCUGCGUGUGUUAAGAAUGGGAUUAUUUUUCCCACAACACUACUUUUUAUGAAUGAGAGUUCUUUUGAGCAUCACAGGUAUUGUGUAGAACAAAAGAAGUGCCGUUUCCGCUGGAAAUACUGGCGUAGUAAUUAACAGGAGUACGUAAACAAUAGCGUGUCCCACAAUAAACCAUUGAUGCGCCUCAAGCGUCGACACGAUCAAUCGCCGGCAAUCUUGCACAAAAACCUCAUUUAAUCUGUUUUUUGUGAAUCAACAACCCAUCAGGUACGUAGAUAUUUCAUUAUUCUACUGAAAUUUAAGCUUAUUACAAAUAAGUUUGAUUGCAAUAUCCAAAUCGAAGUGCUUUUUUUAUUACGAGGUUACUAAAUUUAACCAUUCAAUCAUGACGUCACGUGAAGCGUCUUGAACACAAUUUAGUCUUAAAUCGUAAAGUUAAUCAAUUUUAAAGCCUGUUACUAAACAAAAAGUUUAUAUUUCUAAAACAAUUAUGUUGAUGUAAUAGUAGACGUGUGUAGCGAUUUAAAAUAAUUAAUUUGUUUUUAUUUUGAGAAGUAAAUUGGAUUAGGCGUUGAGGCGCUCCUUGGGACCCCGUGCUGGUGUUUUCCAUGCAUAAAUUAUGGCGUCACAUGUAGCGUCUAAUGCGAGUUCAGGAUUUGUUACGUUUUCUGUAUUCAUGGAAGUUUUAAUUAAGAUUAAAUGAUUUUAAUAUAUAUUUCAGUAAUGGAGUAUCUGUUAGAGUUUCAAGGCGUCUACAAGCCAAGAAAGACUCUAAAUUUACAAGCAUCAAAGCCUGAGUCUCUAACACGUGUUGCUGUUUUAGAGCAGAGAGAAAAGGAAAGGUUGAGAAAAGCUGCAUACAGGGCCUAGUUAAGCCCACAUGAAAAAGCUUGGAUAAACAGAAAACGCAAAGAAAGAAAACAGCAAGCUAAUAGUCCACUUAAUGUCAUCUCAGCAGAGGUUGGUGAAUCACUAGGUACUGGAUUCCAGACUCCAGUGGCAAAAAGAAUGGCUGUUUCAAGGGCUUUGAUGAAAUUGCCUAGGUCACCCAAGAAAUAUGCUGCAGUUUUUGAUGGUCUCACACAAAUAUGCUCCCCAAGAAAAAGUAAAAGCUGUCCAUGACAUACGCUUUCUGCGCCUACCUGAGAGAAGAAAGCUCAUCCUUCUAAACAACAUUAAAGAAAGUAUCAAAACCUAACUACACUCCACCAGCAAAAAAAAAAGUCAGAUGUCUAGUGCUCAUAGACAAGUACUCUGCAGUAUCCUUAGUAAGUACAACAAACUCAGAGGUUGUGCUACUCAUUUCUAACAUUUGGUCAAGAAGUUUUAUGUCCAAGUGCAAAUCAGAACAAAUUGCAAGAAAAAAAAUGACGUGAUUGCAUUGCACAAAAUGCCUUGGAAACAAUAUUCAUUUUUUACAGUAGAGGGAACUGAUCCCUCUCAAUCAUCUGUUAGUGCUCAAACAGGAAAACGUUUCAUGCAAAAGCUACUUUACAUAAGAUGCAGUCUUGCUUAUGUGAGUUGUGUUUGAAGAUUUUUCUUUAUAUAGAGGGCAUUAAUAAAUUUCUGAUCAAAAAAGGACACAGAGAGCUGACAUUAAUAAAUCCAGCUUCAUCACUUGACUUAACUCUAUGCCCAAGAACUAAUGCCAAUUGUUUUCAUAAGCUGCAGUGCAUUGAAAGAUCAUGUAGCAACUGUGGUGUGGAUUUAAUUAACAAGUAUUGAGCCUUUAAAAAAUUGCACAGAUGAAUUAGCAGAGUGGAGUAUAGUAUGUGGUCAAAGAUGACGGAUGAGUAUGUUCAGAGUGAUGGUACACUGCAAAAGGUAUCAAAGUGGCGACCAGUAAAUAAAGAAGGAUCUUUUAAUGACCUAGUGAGAGGUAUUACACCUAACACUAUUGCUUACAGAAAUAGAAGCUGUUUCUGCUAUCCAUACAGAAAUUCAUAUGGCAGUCAGUGCCUGCAUGAUGAAAUAUGUGGCUCUUGGAAGGUGUUCAAACUUCAGAAACAAAAUGUAGUGCAAUCUCAGUCAAAUCUUGAAGACUCUUUGGAUGUCAGUCCCAUAUGCUCAAAUUCAAAGGCCCAAACAAUUUUCUUCACUCAUCAAAAGUACAUUGUAAAUAGCUGUGUGAUUGUCAAGUAUGGGGAAAUAUUCUAUCCAGGUAUAAUUUUUUGCACUGUGUACCUUUUAAUUUCAAUAAACAAGUUCAAAGUAUGUUUUAGAUUGAAGUAUUAACUUUUCAACAUUGCUGGUAAUUUUUUCUAACAGGAGUUGUGAUAGAAGUCCUGGAUGAUCAGCGCAGAAAUAAUUUUUUUAAAAGGCACAGAAAUUAAAGAAAUAUAGGACAUACAGUUAGUGUAUGCAGACAGGAUUGUUACUGAAGUGAUGUUGAUACCAAGGCAAUAGUUUGAGAGUGGAAUGUUUUGAUUUCUGAAUUUGUCAAAUAAAAUUUGUGUACAGUU